AUGUCACGACAAGAAACUCCGUUCGUUCCUUUUUCACCAAAUCCUUCACUGCAGCAAGGUACCCCGACAUCCACUGCCCCUCUUAAACAUAGCUUGACUGCUUCAUCAACGUCAAACCUCCGUUACUCGUCAUCACGGAAAUCUAUUUAUGACCGUCACCUCAACCGCUCUCAGCGAUCCGAGCUGUCAAAAGCUAGCUUUGCAUUCCUGUUUGGGGAAAUGGUUCAAUAUGCACAGAAGAGAGUGUCGGGAAUUCAAGAUCUGGAGAAAAAAUUAAACCUCCAUGGCUACACAAUCGGCCAACGUCUGCUUGAGCUUCUCCUCUGGCGUGACGGCCGCUCCGCAAAACGCGAAACCCGUAUCCUCGGCAUCCUUCAGUUCAUUACUACCACACUCUACCGCUCCGUCUUCAACAAACCCGCCGAUGGCCUUGAAAAGUCCCGUGAUAACGAGGACGAGUAUAUGUUGAUAGAUAAUGACCCUAUGGUUAGUUCUUACAUUUCCGUCCCGAAGGAAAUGUCACAACUUAAUUGCGCGGCGUUUGUUGCUGGGAUCAUCGAGGCUGUCCUGGAUGGAUGCUUGUUUCCAAGCAGGGUCACUGCCCAUAGUGUUCCCACUGAUCAAUAUCCGGGAAAGACAGUAUUUUUGAUUAAAUUCGACGAAUCAGUUCUCGAACGUGAAGCCGUCCUAUAA